CUUCACGGACGUAAAAAAAUGCUGACACCGAUGCUGUGGGCCCUGUUGACUGCGCAGGUCCUGAUCCUUGGGGUGGCCUCCAGUGCGCAGGAAUCCACUUCCAUGGUACCAAUACCAGCGACACUGGGCCAAGGCUAUCAUCCUACAACAACGGAGGCUGGCUUCGUUUCGACCGUCAGUAAAAGUGAUGGCUCGCAGGAAAAAAUCAUAGUCGUGAACUGGAAGCUGACCUGCCAACAACUCUGUGGAGCUGGCUACGGCGGACCAGCCUGUGGGCUGACUUGCCGGACGAGGACAGAUGCCGCUUCAUUCGGUCUAUCCGCUGCACAGGAGCACUCACUUUGUCCCACGCUCUGCAAGAACGGCUUAGGUAAGCAUUACACAAUAAAUUAGCCGAGCUUUAAGCAC